UGAACCACUCACUAUGGCAGCAAGUAAAGGACAUCAUGAUAUAGUAUCUUUAUUGCUCUCUAAAGGAGCUGAUCCAGACACUGUAGAUAAAUUUAAUUCACCACUGAUUGAAGCAGCAGCAAAAGGACAUUAUCAAGUGGUGGAACUUUUAUUAACCAAAGGAGCUGAUCCAAACUUAACAAGUGAAUAUACUGGUACACCACUGACUGUAGCAGCAAAAAAAGGAAAUCAUCUUGUAGUUGAACUUUUAUUAUCCAAAGGAGCUAAUCCAAACAUUACAAAUGAAGUGAGUGUUGUAUAGCAGGAAA